AUGACAUAUAGUAAUCGGAACAUCGAUAAUGAUGAAACUGUAAUGCGUGAUAGUGAGAAAAAUCACAAUGUUGAUCAACGCGACGCUGCUUCAGACGGGAUAGAUAUAACAAAUGAAUUAUACUUUUUUGAAAAGGAAGUGCCAACUGUUGAUGAGCAAGAUCAUAAUGUCCAAGAACAAACAAGUGAAGAUGAAGAUUUAGCUGAAAAUUUCCCGAAACAUUAUGAUUAUUCAAUUCAACACCACUGCAUCCAUCGCGAUGGGUACAUAUUUUACAUUCACGAUUGAAACAGCAUUUAAUGAGAUAUAAUUGAAAACAGCCGAGAAAACAUCUGUCAACUAAAAGUCUUCUUGCUUUUCUGCCUCCAAGUUUAGAAAAACUAUUUCAUUUAACUAAACAUUAAGUUACAUUUCAUUACUUACCAUAAUAAUCUAUUUGACAAGCAUAAUAUCUCCUUAUAACUUUAUAAUUAUAUAUAUAUGUAUGUAAAUACAAAGUUUCCAUGUAUAUACUAAGUAAGACCGUAACAAAUAUACAUGGAAAAAGAUAUUGUGCUGUGCUUUUUUUCGAUGAAAUAAAAUAUGGUAUUUAUCCAUCAUCAAAAAUUAUACAAACAGAGCCAUUUCGUUGAGACUGUCACCAUAAUGGGAAGUAUUAUGCUUGACAAAAAGAUUAUUAUGGUAAGUACACUGUAAUGUCGGGAAUUAUUUAUAGAAAAUGCUCGGCGAUUUUCAAAAAGUCCAUAUAUAAAUUCCCUGAGGAUUUUCUAGAUUCUAGAAAAUCGAAUUUACAAGAAACUUGGAAAUUCG